AUAUAAAAGCCAGUCCCGGCGAUGAGCAACACAGUCAACAUCAGUCACAGUGAAAACAAGCAGGAAAAUUCAAGUUCAAGUUCAAAGCCGAAGUGUGAACUCAAUCGAUUAUCACUUCAGGUGCAAUUUGUGAUUUAGAAAAGGAGCAAAAUGCCCAUCGUGCCACUAUCGUACCGUGACUUCUGGGACGACUGUUUGUGGGUCGGUCCAAUGCGAACCUCCCGGCUAUGGGAUCAAAAUUUCGGAAGUGGUAUUUCCAGGGAUGACCUUUUCCGAAACAUGUCCUGCUGUCAUCCUCGAGAGUUUCCACGAUUGAGUUUCGGAAGACCAUGGUUGUGCGAUCUGAGCCAGCAGUUCAGUCGGACCACUCUCGGAGAUAAGGAAAAGUUUCAGACAAAUUUGGACGUGCAGCAAUUUAGCCCAAAUGAGAUUACAGUUACAACCGUGGAUAACACUAUUGUGGUCGAAGGAAAGCAUGAAGAAAAGCAGGAUGAACACGGAUUCGUUUCUAGGCAUUUUGUGAGGCGUUAUGUACUACCAGAUGAGCAUGACCCCAAAGAUGUGUAUUCCAGUCUUUCUUCGGAUGGGGUGUUAACUGUAACUGCACCAAAGAAAGCACUUCCGGCUUCAACUGCAGCAAACGAAAGAAUCGUUCCCAUAACGAAAACCGAAUAAAAUUCCAAUGACAUGCCUUUUUAGAUGGAGAUAGGAUGUGAAAUUAUGUGAUAAUUUGUAUGGUGAGAUGAUCAGCUAUGUUAUUUAUUAAAAGUUUUAAUGCAAACCGCA